GAAUUCGAGGAAAGCUUUGGUACUCGCAAACGCUACGCUUCAAGGACGGUGACAUGACAUGUAAGGCCAUAUAUCAUAUACUUACUGUAAUGCACUCGUAAACAACUCAAAACAAUGAAUAGGUGGGCAUCUUUUGACCUCAAGAAAGGUGAGUAUGUCCUUGCACUUUAAAAUCGUAGAUUUUUUGCAACUCUUACUAUGAAUUGUUUUUACUGCUAUUUUCUUUACCUUUCGGAAUUUUAUGUCAUAUUUAUCACUCUGCGCCGGAAAAAUCGAUGGUUAUCUUCUAGAAAGACACAUGAUAUUCACCAACUUGUUAGUUGGUUAGAGAGCUCUGUUGAAAAUCGAAAAAAGACAGCGAAAUGUGGCUGGAAUCCUGGCUUUGCUUAUAGAAGAGCAGAAAAAAUUACAAAAUUUCGGCGAAAUAUAAAUCGGUCUGCUUCAUCAUUUAAACAAAAAAAUAUAUUUUCAAAUAAAGCUAUCCAGCUUUAAUAGUUAGAAAACGUUAAAUGACUUCUACGUGAUGGUAAUUUACAGUCCAAAGUUAACUUUCGCUGAGGGUCUUUAUAAUGUGUAAAAUUUUUGUAACAACCUUUGGUGAUCUCAAGUUAUCGAGGUCCUUUCACUAAGUUAUUUUCCCAUCCACAUUUCAAUUAUAAAUAAAUAAUGCCCAGAACAUCACUUUUGUCUUGUGGUGUUGAAAUCAGAUGUCUAUCGACGUCACAUUUAUAAAUUAAACUAAAUCAAAUAUCAGGAUUGGGGUACAUCUAUUAGUCUGCGAAGUUUUGUUUCACUUCUAUGAGACAUAAAUAAAUACUAGACGACUGAAUUCACCCGUUGUAAACACUAUAUCUAAACAGUUUUACUAAAACGCUAGCCUGAGUGAUCUCAAAAAGGCCGCACAAAAACAUUAACAAACACAGGGCAUACAAUCCAUACUGAACUGGUAUCUUUAACAAGGUUCAGCGAUGACCAAUGAGCACUAAAAAAGCAGCUACUACACUAACCGGCAUUAUAUCACUUAAUAAAAACAGCCGGUGGAUAUGGUCAUCAUACCUGUACUAAUCGACUUGCUAGGAAUUGAUAAGCGAAGAUAACAAAUUCAGCUUUAUGUUUAUCACUUAUUUUUGGUAAGGCUAUUUGUGAGAAUAGCAAAAUGAAUAUUUGGAUUGUUUAAAAAGACCAAGGAUAUCGAAGAUCCCUUGCAGAAAUGUGAAAACGGCAUAAGGGCAGUCUGUUUGAGCUUUUUUGCGACUUUUUCGUUGUGUUCUGUAGUUAAAGAUGUCGAACGUCCAGACGACUAGAGCGAAUAAACCUCACUACAUUGUCUCAAGCAAUAAGGUGAAAGAAACUUUUGACACUGCUUCCGCUUUCUCUUGUUAGUUUAGUUAAUGAAUUAGAAACUGAAGAUAACCUUCUUAGUCUGAAUAUACUGCGAAUUUGACAAGGCUAGUUAAUUUCCUGAUCUCACGUUAAAUUUUCAGCUAACGCUAUAAAUUUUAAAAACUAAAGCUUGGAUAGAAUUCUUAGCUGACUUCUUGACAAGACGUCCCUUACGAUAGUGAACAUUUCGCCUAACUGUCAGUGCAGUUUGAGGUUUACAUUUUGUUUUUUUUUUUGUCGAAUGCUUAGUGAGUAUUCUUUAAAGAGUUUUUCUUGUCAACUUCAAAACUACUGGAAAAACCUAUUUUUAAAUUGCAUUUUUGAAAAUUCUUGCAAAGAGCAAUUACAAAGCCUACGGUAGCUUCCAACAAAACAUUUAACCUUUAUGUUUGAUUAUUUGAAAAAUUCAUAGGACCAAAAGAAACAUUACUAAAUUUAUGAAUGCUUUCAAGUCACUAGGGAGACAUGCACAAAUCAACCUUCCCCCCACCAAAAAAAAUAAAAGCCAUUCUAUUACAAAAAAGAGAAGAAGGAAAUCUAUAAGCACUAUUUCUACCAGUAAAAAUACCAUUUGAAAUUUUAAACUUUAAAAAGCAAAAAAAUUCGAUCCCAUUUUGUCCAUCCAAUGUUGGCUUAAAAAGACAUGCACAAAUACCACAGAUGGCAAGUAGAGGUAACUUAAUUUCGGCUUAUACACUAUUCAAUAAUUCUGGGCAAAUUUUGGAUAUUACAGCUCCUAUUUAUUUUAUAUUUAAUGGCGGUAUAAGUUUCAGGAAGCAAAACAAGAAAACCACACCCAUUACAAACGUAUUCAUCAAAUGAAUGUAUACUUUGGGUUUCUAGAUUCCGGGUAUAGCGUAAGCCUUGAAAGAAGAUUUUAAUAGUUUCCACUCUUUUCUGACAGGCGUGAUCCAAAAUAUUUAUCCUUUUAAGUUAUUUAUACUUUAUAUUUAUAUUUAUGCAUGGCCAAGACAGAAUUGAGGGUAAAACGUUUUGUUUAUGGAGACACAGCACGUGUGUGAAAAGUAAUCCACAACAAAAAGCCACUCAAGUAAUUUGAUCGCUAUAAACAAAUUUUAUCCUGUCCAAUGUUUUCACAGGUAUACAAGCCGGUAAAAGAUCUAGAAAAAAAUAAUAAAUAAUGAAAAUAUACAUUAAGAGGAGAACAUAGAGUUUUGACUAAGAAGUCAUCACGGGGAUCGCGAUCAGGUCAGAAAUAUAAAAUAACAGCUUUAAGUUUUUUAUUACAUUGGAUGUUAGUUUUUUUUUCUUUUGCCUCACAUGCAAAAUACACUCUGAGCAGGAGCCCAUCAAAUGGAGCCUCCAUCUCCGGUUCUCUUCUGGGUGAAUAUCUCUGUGUAUAGUCAGUCCGUAAUGGCAAAAAAAAACUAUUUUAAAAGUAUUUAAUGUGUGAAAUGUUUUCUCUCCACCAGAAACCUAUUUCGAUGUACUAAACAUUAAAUGGAUGGGAUAUUAUUUCAAGGAGUUUUCUUUUCGGUCGUGUGUUUAAUUGCUGUCAACUCUUCAGCGUCAAGAGAUGAAAGUUAUAAUGCGACGUCUUCGAACGACACCACACCCACUGGUGAAAGCCCCAGGUAAAUUAUUACUGUCGAACAACAAAUAAUUGUUGAACGAAGUUAAGUAAAAUAUGGUGAUUUGUCAUUGGUGAAUAAUUCAAUUAUUUGCUGAUGCCGAAGGCAGAGAAAAAUAAUUGACCUGUGAGACAUUAACAAACCCCUAUAUUUUGAGAACCGAAUUUUAAUUUACGAUUGUUUACCGUACAGUUUUUGGUCGAUAGUAAUCUUUAUAAUCAUAACUAUUGUUAUCACAUGUUAUUUACUUUCACAGUGUAUAAACGGUAUGCGGAGUGAAUAAGUUAUUCUCUCUAACUUCACCAUAGCUUGUAAUAUUUUAUAACAGAGAACAACGCGAACGUUAAAGGCGUCUAAAAUGAAACAAUGCAUUUAGGACUUUUUAAAAUAUCUCCCCGCAUCGCUGAAGAAUGCAAGCAGCCCUUUAUAAACGAAAGCAAAAACAAUUUCACAUUACUUUCUUUCCGUUUAUUCUUAAGACACAGUCAGCUGGAGAUAAGGAUUUUAAAAUUACCGCCCAAUAAUCCACCGAAGCCGGCGCGGAGGUAGUGUCAACAGUUCAUCAAUAUAAUACUGGGUCAACAACGAACCGAUGAGGAAAUGAAAUUGGCCUAAAACAGCAAUUAUUCUUGUGACAUAGCUAGAUGUUACUGACAUUAAAAAAAAAAUGUUUAUACUGAGUGAAGGAGGGAUGUUUCCUAGCCUUAAAUCAUUACGUUAAUACGGCUGUAUUCAGUAUUCAGAGGCACACAACGAGAAUAUAGUUCAAAACCACUUAAACAUAGCAUUGAUGAACGUAUUUUAGUAUUUUAACGGAAGAGAUAGGCAUAUUUUUAUCUCCUAAAAAUUUUUCAUCUGUUCGGAUUUCCUAGAUGAAAGUCUAGUGAUCCGAAAAUUAUAGGGAUCAAAACUUACCGUUUCGAGAAUUUCAGCCAAAAAAAAAGGCUCCCGAAAAAUUCUAGGUGACCUUUUUAGGGUAAAAAUCCGUUAAAAAUGGGCAAUUGUGCCAUUUUUUAUAUGUUCGAAAAUCCUAGGAGAGGCAGGCAAGCAAGAAAUUUUACAACAAAUGUUCCGAAAAUUCGAGAUCUCAAAUCGUCUUCCGAACAGAUAUUUUCAGAAAAUUGGCGUUGGGUGCCCCUGAGUAUUGAUUUGCUAUCGAUCGCAAAAAUGUAAAUUUUGCGCUCUUUUCCCCCAGUUUUUAUUUCAAGGGAAUAAACUGACCGCCCUUUAAUUUUACUUAUUUUAAACUCUUGUAAUAUAUAAUGUUAUCCUUGGAUAUCCUUAGGUUCUCUCUCUCGACGCCACAUCUGAUGAUGAUGAUGAUGAGAGAUAAUAUUGAGAACAAAUUCUAAUUGCAAUGGAGCUAUCAUGAAAUGUUUAGGCUAAGCGUUUUUCAGUCGGAAAUUAUAGAUAAAUAAUGCUCAAAAUGAAUAUUUGGAUUGUUUAAAAAGACCAAGGAUAUCGAAGAUCCCUUGCAGAAAUGUGAAAACGGCAUAAGGGCAGUCUGUUUGAGCUUUUUUGCGACUUUUUCGUUGUGUUCUGUAGUUAAAGAUGUCGAACGUCCAGACGACUAGAGCGAAUAAACCUCACUACAUUGUCUCAAGCAAUAAGGUGAAAGAAACUUUUGACACUGCUUCCGCUUUCUCUUGUUAGUUUAGUUAAUGAAUUAGAAACUGAAGAUAACCUUCUUAGUCUGAAUAUACUGCGAAUUUGACAAGGCUAGUUAAUUUCCUGAUCUCACGUUAAAUUUUCAGCUAACGCUAUAAAUUUUAAAAACUAAAGCUUGGAUAGAAUUCUUAGCUGACUUCUUGACAAGACGUCCCUUACGAUAGUGAACAUUUCGCCUAACUGUCAGUGCAGUUUGAGGUUUACAUUUUGUUUUUUUUUUUGUCGAAUGCUUAGUGAGUAUUCUUUAAAGAGUUUUUCUUGUCAACUUCAAAACUACUGGAAAAACCUAUUUUUAAAUUGCAUUUUUGAAAAUUCUUGCAAAGAGCAAUUACAAAGCCUACGGUAGCUUCCAACAAAACAUUUAACCUUUAUGUUUGAUUAUUUGAAAAAUUCAUAGGACCAAAAGAAACAUUACUAAAUUUAUGAAUGCUUUCAAGUCACUAGGGAGACAUGCACAAAUCAACCUUCCCCCCACCAAAAAAAAUAAAAGCCAUUCUAUUACAAAAAAGAGAAGAAGGAAAUCUAUAAGCACUAUUUCUACCAGUAAAAAUACCAUUUGAAAUUUUAAACUUUAAAAAGCAAAAAAAUUCGAUCCCAUUUUGUCCAUCCAAUGUUGGCUUAAAAAGACAUGCACAAAUACCACAGAUGGCAAGUAGAGGUAACUUAAUUUCGGCUUAUACACUAUUCAAUAAUUCUGGGCAAAUUUUGGAUAUUACAGCUCCUAUUUAUUUUAUAUUUAAUGGCGGUAUAAGUUUCAGGAAGCAAAACAAGAAAACCACACCCAUUACAAACGUAUUCAUCAAAUGAAUGUAUACUUUGGGUUUCUAGAUUCCGGGUAUAGCGUAAGCCUUGAAAGAAGAUUUUAAUAGUUUCCACUCUUUUCUGACAGGCGUGAUCCAAAAUAUUUAUCCUUUUAAGUUAUUUAUACUUUAUAUUUAUAUUUAUGCAUGGCCAAGACAGAAUUGAGGGUAAAACGUUUUGUUUAUGGAGACACAGCACGUGUGUGAAAAGUAAUCCACAACAAAAAGCCACUCAAGUAAUUUGAUCGCUAUAAACAAAUUUUAUCCUGUCCAAUGUUUUCACAGGUAUACAAGCCGGUAAAAGAUCUAGAAAAAAAUAAUAAAUAAUGAAAAUAUACAUUAAGAGGAGAACAUAGAGUUUUGACUAAGAAGUCAUCACGGGGAUCGCGAUCAGGUCAGAAAUAUAAAAUAACAGCUUUAAGUUUUUUAUUACAUUGGAUGUUAGUUUUUUUUUCUUUUGCCUCACAUGCAAAAUACACUCUGAGCAGGAGCCCAUCAAAUGGAGCCUCCAUCUCCGGUUCUCUUCUGGGUGAAUAUCUCUGUGUAUAGUCAGUCCGUAAUGGCAAAAAAAAACUAUUUUAAAAGUAUUUAAUGUGUGAAAUGUUUUCUCUCCACCAGAAACCUAUUUCGAUGUACUAAACAUUAAAUGGAUGGGAUAUUAUUUCAAGGAGUUUUCUUUUCGGUCGUGUGUUUAAUUGCUGUCAACUCUUCAGCGUCAAGAGAUGAAAGUUAUAAUGCGACGUCUUCGAACGACACCACACCCACUGGUGAAAGCCCCAGGUAAAUUAUUACUGUCGAACAACAAAUAAUUGUUGAACGAAGUUAAGUAAAAUAUGGUGAUUUGUCAUUGGUGAAUAAUUCAAUUAUUUGCUGAUGCCGAAGGCAGAGAAAAAUAAUUGACCUGUGAGACAUUAACAAACCCCUAUAUUUUGAGAACCGAAUUUUAAUUUACGAUUGUUUACCGUACAGUUUUUGGUCGAUAGUAAUCUUUAUAAUCAUAACUAUUGUUAUCACAUGUUAUUUACUUUCACAGUGUAUAAACGGUAUGCGGAGUGAAUAAGUUAUUCUCUCUAACUUCACCAUAGCUUGUAAUAUUUUAUAACAGAGAACAACGCGAACGUUAAAGGCGUCUAAAAUGAAACAAUGCAUUUAGGACUUUUUAAAAUAUCUCCCCGCAUCGCUGAAGAAUGCAAGCAGCCCUUUAUAAACGAAAGCAAAAACAAUUUCACAUUACUUUCUUUCCGUUUAUUCUUAAGACACAGUCAGCUGGAGAUAAGGAUUUUAAAAUUACCGCCCAAUAAUCCACCGAAGCCGGCGCGGAGGUAGUGUCAACAGUUCAUCAAUAUAAUACUGGGUCAACAACGAACCGAUGAGGAAAUGAAAUUGGCCUAAAACAGCAAUUAUUCUUGUGACAUAGCUAGAUGUUACUGACAUUCAAAAAAAAAAUGUUUAUACUGAGUGAAGGAGAUAUUUUUCCUAGCCUUAAAUCAUUACGUUAAUACGGCUGUAUUCAGUAUUCAGAGGCACACAACGAGAAUAUAGUUCAAAACCACUUAAACAUAGCAUUGAUGAACGUAUUUUAGUAUUUUAACGGAAGAGAUAGGCAUAUUUUUAUCUCCUAAAAAUUUUUCAUCUGUUCGGAUUUCCUAGCUGAAUGUCUAGUGAUCCGAAAAUUAUAGGGAUCAAAACUUACCGUUUCGAGAAUUUCAGCCAAAAAAAAGGCUCCCGAAAAAUUCUAGGUGACCUUUUUAGGGUAAAAAUCCGUUAAAAAUGGGCAAUUGUGCCAUUUUUUAUAUGUUCGAAAAUCCUAGGAGAGGCAGGCAAGCAAGAAAUUUUACAACAAAUGUUACGAAAAUUCUAGAUCUCAAAUCGUCUUCCGAACAGAUAUUUUCGGAAAAUUGGCGUUGGGUGCCCCUGAGUAUUAAUUUGCUAUCGAUCGCGAAAAUGUCAACUUUGCGCCCUUUUCCCCCAGUUUUUACUUCAAGGGAAUAAACUGACCGCCCUUUAAUUUUACUUAUUUUAAACUCUUGUAAUAUAUAAUAUUAUCAUUGGAUAUCCUUAGGUUCUCUCUCUCGACGCCACAUCUGAUGAUGAUGAUGAUGAGAGAUAAUAUUGAGAACAAAUUCUAAUUGCAAUGGAGCUAUCAUGAAAUGUUUAGGCUAAGCGUUUUUCAGUCGGAAAUUAUAGAUAAAUAAUGCUUUUGAUAGCAUAUGCCAUACGGUGCCAUUACGUCAUUAUGGUGCGCUCUGAGCCAUGGUUAUUAAAGUGGAAUGGUUCGGAAACCCGUUAGACUGUUGUAUGUUUUUGUUAGCUUUUUUGGACCUGACCGUGCACAAAGUUCAAUAGCAUUCAUAUCAUUUUGAACUUACUGACCAAUAGAAGCAUCGCAUUAAUUUAUUCAGUCACAAUUUGUGAACAAAAAACAAAGGAUUGUGCACGGUCAGAGAGCUUCCAACAUAAACUAUAGCACCGUUGUUUUCAACUUUGAUGUUUGCCGGCUUUCCUAACCAGUUUCCUCUACUAACUAUGUCUGAGCAGAUGUUUAAGUUUAUCGUUUUCUUUUCCUUGCAGGUCAUCGCUGCUCGAAAGCGGAGGGAAUGGCAACGACGCAGAACAAAUACUACCUAUGAUAUUAAAUCAAAUCCAGAACAAGUCUGACAAUAGAUUAAGACCCAGAAUAGGCCGUACGUACUUAGCAGUUCUAAAUGUUUAUAUUCCUCAUAGUUUCCUGCCCCUGCUGUCGAUAUUUUGCCAAUUUAUCAGUAAUCAGACUUUUGUUUCCAUGGGCGGCUUUUGAUGCACAGAAUAAUAUAAUCGAGAAAAAAAGCCUUAACUGGUUGGUAUAAAGGAAUAGAAUAAUACUGAUAAUUUAAAUACAAAACUGACGUAAGUGAUAUCUCGCCUAGUCCUUGUACGGCAUCUCCCCAGGCCUUCUCGAUCACGCAUCGGCCACGUGCAAUAAUGGGGCCUAGGGACUAGGCAAAGAGUAUCAGGGAGUGGGGCGAGAGUAAGUAUUUUACCAUGGUACCAAACAAUGUAAAAAAAAAUAAUAGUUUACUAUUUUCAUUUAUAAUUUAUCAAAUGGAUCCACAGUAGCUGUCCAAAGUAAAUCCCCUCAUAUUUUUUUUGGCAACUGCAAACGUUUCCAAAAACGAUUACGAAAGUUUUCUUAAGUUUUCCCAGAACAAUAAGGGGACUUUACUAUCGUGGGUACUUGCAUUUCGUUUCCGUUAAUUCAGUUUGACGAUGGCGUAAGUCUUUUUUUGCCACAGAAUAAAAUUCUUUUGCAAAUGCCUGUCAAAUUCCCUGCCAGCUGAUCGGCUUUAUGCUUCAUGGCAUGAGAUUAAUGAAGUUAGGAUGGCUUUUAGUGUGAAGAAUUCCAUGAAGAAUUAAAUUGAAGCAAAUUUGAGACUUUUUGAUGUAAUUUGACUUCAUAUUAUUACAAUGUGUAAUAACAGUGUAUUUUUCUUUCGUUAUUAUCUGUUAAAAGGGGAACCUGUGACAGUAUCAACGGACAUGUUUUUCUUAGACCUUGGCUACAUCAGCGAAGCUAGAAUGGUAAGUUUAUUUUAUUAGAGGAUUGCAUCAAUGAGUCGUGGCAUAAGAGUCGAAGACCAUGGACGGUGGUUCCAUAAUCGACGUCGAUUCAAGCGUUCUGCAUGUUCUGAAAGCUGCAGCCAACUACAUAAAGGCGUAUAUANUGCAAACGUUUCCAAAAACGAUUACGAAAGUUUUCCUAAGUUUUCCCAGAACAAUAAGGGGACUUUACUAUCGUGGGUACUUGCAUUUCGUUUCCGUUAAUUCAGUUUGACGAUGGCGAAAGUCUUUUUUUGCCACAGAAUAAAAUUCUUUUGCAAAUCCCUGUCAAAUUCCCUGCCAGCUGAUCGGCUUUAUGCUUCAUGGCAUGAGAUUAAUGAAGUUAGGAUGGCUUUUAGUGUGAAGAAUUCCAUGAAGAAUUAAAUUGAAGCAAAUUUGAGACUUUUUGAUGUAAUUUGACUUCAUAUUAUUACAAUGUGUAAUAACAGUGUAUUUUUCUUUCGUUAUUAUCUGUUAAAAGGGGAACCUGUGACAGUAUCAACGGACAUGUUUUUCUUAGACCUUGGCUACAUCAGCGAAGCUAGAAUGGUAAGUUUAUUUUAUUAGAGGAUUGCAUCAAUGAGUCGUGGCAUAAGAGUCGAAGACCAUGGACGGUGGUUCCAUAAUCGACGUCGAUUCAAGCGUUCUGCAUGUUCUGAAAGCUGCAGCCAACUACAUAAAGGCGUAUAUAGGUAUUGAUAGUAUCCAUAACUAUUACCAGAACCGCUAUGGCAUUUUGUUGCGAAAAAAAGGAAAUUCAGUUAAGAAAAGACCGAAGAAAAUAAUUAUAUCAGUGGCGGACAGUUAUUCUUACGUGAUGCUUUCUUUGAAGUAUGCAAUGCAAGAACUGUACUUGGAAUGAUAUAUAGGUCAGUCAUUCGAGUUUUGGAAAAUGCAAAUUUCGUAUUAUGCAACCCGUGUUAAAAUUUGGAACCUUUUUUUUUCUCAAAAAAUUUUAUCACCAAAAAUUUAGAAGUUAAAAAAACUUCGCUCUAGUGCGACCCGGGCUUAACCCUAGCACUCAGGUAGGGUAACCCUAUCGCCAAGGUAACCCCGUCAGUCUUGUAAACACGUGGCAUAUCUUCCAAUGUGCGAGUGCUAAGGUAACCCUCCCUCCUUGUAAGCGGGCCUCAAGUCGGUUUUAAUUUAUCGCACGACAGGAUGCAAAGUUCGUGGCACAUCAAAAUAAUUGUUAGCAGGACAGAGGACCGAGGAUGUAGAAAAUGUCAUUUGCCGUGGCAAUUUUCAAUUACACGACUGGGGUAAAUGACAGCUUAAUGGUUAAAUAAACAAAAUUGUCAACUUUGCCAAAAUUUGGUAGCCUUCGAGGCAGCAGUUCGGCUUCUUUGAAAAUUUGGCGGAAUUUUGACAAUUGGCAAAAAAUUGGAUAGAAUUUUCAAUGUGGGGUCGCACUUAUUUUUCAUCAUGCGUUGACAGAUCAGGUGCUUAGAUAAACAACAUUCGCUCUAGUGCGACCCAGGCCUUACCUGGCUUGUAAACACUCUGCGAGGAAUCGGAUAGCUCGCCUACGCGGGACAACUUUGACCGUGAAGAGUGACCAGUAAUCAGGAAUUCUUUUUUAAACAUAUGAACAACAUUAGGUAUUUUCUUUAUACGAUGAUAAUAUCUUUUGAGUGUCCUUUUUUCGUGAAUUUAGCGUGUUGAACAUGGAGAUCUUGAAGAUUUCGUUCAAAUCUUGAAUGUUACAAAGAAUGUGUGUUUUAGUCUUAUCGUCAGUCAAGCUUAAAAAAGUUGACCCGGGUUAUAAGGUAACUCUACUUGGGAAAUUUUGCUUUUAAAGGAGGAGGCCCUAAGAGAAGUCAUUGAAUAAAACUUUAUCUUCAUCUUAAAGCUGAGAGUGCUUUAGUUCUAAGUCUAAGGAAAGCUGACAGGAGCGUAAACAAACAAGUAGUUUAUGAGACUCAAGCUAACUCUGAUUCAGCUUCAGAUAUUUUAAAAACAUGACCCAUUCCUCGUGUGGAAGUUAGCGUGCCCUUCCUCUUUUGUUCCUUAUUUGGGGUUCAUGUUUUCUUUAUUUCUAAUGUUUUUGCUUUAAAAGGAGUUUCGAGCAAGUUUUUUCCUACGCAUGUACUGGAAGGAUGAGCGUCUUGCCUACAAUAACACGGGAUAUAAAAAGAGACUUGCUCUGAAUGCUAAAAUGGUCCAGCAUAUGUGGAUACCCGACAUUUACUUCGUCAACGAAAAGUCUGGGAUCAAACACGAUCUUACCAAGGAAAAUGAAAUGGUUAGACUGUGGCCUGAUGGACGUGUCUUUCACAGCAUGAGGUAAGUCACAGGGCUUAGUCUUUUUGCCGUAAAUGAUGACAGCUUGUUGAAAAGACUUAUUACAUACUGAGGUAUUGGCAAUAAACAAGUGGUAUUGGGAAUGGCACACUGUUCACAAUCCUCUAUUUUUCCUAAGAUAGUGGAGAUCGAGCGCUUAUCAUUACGGGCAGCAGUCUUGGUUUCAAAUCUGCCGAGGGGGCAGGCGACUGGGUUUAUAGCAGUGGGGAAGGAAGACAAAAAAAUUUCCUCGCUGGAGCUAGAGUCAGUCGUGAUAGUGGUAGUGGUGGUGGUAGUGGUAGCGGUGGUGGUAGUGGUAGUGGUAGCAGUGGUCGUAGUAGGCUGAUUUAGAAACAGAACGGGAACGUCAGUUGACGACGGGAAAGCGCGCGGAAAGGACUACACACGACUUCCGGUGCUCAAUUUGCCACUCUGCUAUUGGUCAAGCCAUUUGUUUGAUUUGCGCGCGCCGUGGUCAAGUGACGUUCCCGUUUUGUUGCUAAAUCAGCCUAGUACCUGGUAGCGGCGAUGGUAGACCGGAAGUGGUGGUGCAUGGUGGUUGUGGUAGUUAUGGUAAUAGUGGCAGUGGUAGGGGCAGUAGUAUUCAGGAAGUUGUGUAGGUAGUGGUGCUGUUAGUAGUAGAGGUGCUUUUAGUUGAACAAGGCUGUUUUCCAAUGUGUAGAGUAAGGGAAAAAUUAUUUUGGGAGUGGACGACGUGCGGGUGCAUUCAUUUACAAGUAGACGUAGACAAAAUUCCACUUUUCCUAUUAAGCUUAUAUGUAUCAGAGUCUUUAUUGAAUACUUUAGGCUUUCAUUUCAGAUUGUCAAUGACUGCUUCAUGUCCUAUGCUUCUGCAUAACUAUCCACUGGACAAACAAGUUUGUAGGCUGGCGUUUGAAAGCUGUAAGUCAAACUGUUUCACUAUUUUUACGAUGUCUAAAGCAUAUUCUUUGGUAGCACAGGACGUUUGGAGGAUUCUGGUUUGUGUGGUUUGUUAACUAGGUGGAGUAAAGCUGUAGGUGAGAACAUGAAAAACGAGAAAAGUUGAAUGAAAAUCGGCGUUCAUUCAUUCUGUAAAAGACGAACACAGCUAAUAAAACUAAGGUCUGGUUGUCUCGCUUUGACCCCAAGAUUGACUGGGCUGGGCGAGUCAAGUGUUUUUAUGGAGAAAAUCCCCCCUACCAUCACAAAAUGAUGACCCGGCUAGAAAGCUCACCCUUCUAGCCAAGCAAACUUUUUGUUUCUCAGUUAAGAAGUUCGCUACUUUUUGUAAAGAAAUGUAUGAAAAGUUGGCUCGCCCGCGGGUAGCUUGGGUAGGCGGGGUAUUCUUCUACCCCGGGACAAUUUUUUUCGUAUAAACGAGAGGCCUAACCACUUUUCAUAAUUGUUUAUUUUAAGUCAGUUACGAAGCUACGGAGCUGCUCUUUCGAUGGAAGAAAGAAGAAGGAAACAAAGAGGUGAUUAUUUCAGACGAAUUGCAGAUUCCCCAGUUCAUCCUCACUAAUCAUUGGACUGAGGCAACGUUUGAAAACUUUACAUCAGGUACGUUUAAUGGCCCGUUCCAUUUUUGUGGAUACGAAGGGAGAAUUGGUGAAGCAAAUUAAGUUAAUAUGGCCGGUCAUUAAAUGGGAGUUUAUUCAAAAUACUGAAACUGUUAAUUAAAAGUGAAUUCGCUUAGUUUCCAACUUUUUGGUGAUUAUUCCCACUGUCUCCCUCAAUUUGUUUGAUUGCGUCCUGACAUCGUUUCCCAGGCCUGUCUCAGUCCUCCCCAUACAGAAAAGAAAGAGCCGUUUAAAGAGAACGGCUUACAAAAUUUCUCAUCGUAAAAUUGAAAGUUAAGGAGUUUUCGCAAGUUCCAGGUAGAAGCAGGGUGACUCGACUCUACGCUGGCUACCCCGGGCUAGCCACCCUUUCAUACAUUUCUUUACAAAACAUGGCAAGUCGAUUACACGACAUACAAAAACUUGGCUCUGCUAGAAGGGUGACAAACCCUUCUCCCCCACCCUCCACAGUAGAGUAACCCUCCCAGCUGGACCAAAUUUCUCGAAAAAAAAAAAAAAUAGCUCGCCCAGCUGGGACAAGCAUGUAGCAUGCACCAGCGCUCUUGGCUCGGGCAACGGUUUCAACUUUUUCUCAGAUAAACGCUCUAGACUCGGCUUGGAGUCUGACCCUCUUUCACGGUAAAACUUUUCUCCAGAGUUAGAGGUACUAGCUUGAGACGAAUUUAUGCAUAGGCCUGAUCAUGAUGAAGGAAACAAAUAAGAUAUUUAUUCAACUUGCCUACAGGUUCUUAUUCGAGAUUAAUAGUGUGGUUCCAAUUUGAGCGAAGCAUCGGUUUUUUUCUUAUUCAAACCUACAUUCCUGCCUAUCUAAUUGUGAUGCUGAGCUGGAUUGCAUUUUGGAUUAAUCACAACUCCACGCCAGGUUGGUCAUAAAUUAACCAAUUAUAAAAUAACUAAAAGGGCUGUUGUCCCUUUCAUUAAUCAAUAGCAAUUUUUUAGGAUUCCAUAAACAAUUACAGAACAUUUUGCAAUCAAGCUCGAGGUAGCUAUAGUCGUACGAAAUCUCCUACGCGCUAGCCUUGUAAGAGAGGAGUAUCAUCAGGCGAUCCUGGGGAAAAAAAGGGAAAAGAGUGAGAAGGGCGAAACUUCUUCGUUCUCUCUUCCACACUCACCUUCGUCCUUAUAACGAUCUCCUCUCCACCGACCCCUAAGGAAGACCUGAUACUAAGCCUACCUACGUGCUCUAUUCUGCGGCCAUUCUGCGGGAAUUUUUUUGGGCUCAGGCGAGUAUACGUGCUCGGGGUGUGGACAUCCACUGAUUGACUGGCGAAACUCUACAAACAACCAACGAGCCCUUUCUCAGAGGGAGUCUUUCAGUAAUGUAAUAAUAACGCAUUGAAACACUUGAUCUUGUCUGGAAAGACUAACAAACUACGAUUUGAGUAAUUUAACACCCGCUCGGGGAUUUGUUUUCUUCUUUGCAGCGCGAAUAGCUCUAGGGAUUACCACAGUCCUCACCAUGACAACGCUGACCAAUAGUGCACGGGAGUCACUUCCUAAAGUGUCCUAUGUGAAGUCUAUUGAAUGGUUUCUUAUCAUUUGCUUCAUGUACGUGUUUGCCUCGCUGGUUGAGUACGCUUGUGUCUCGUUUGAGGUUAACAGAAGGCUAAAAAGAGGUAUGGAGAUUCCUCCGCUACAACCAGAGUCGGACGAUGGAAAGGUAAAGGCUACAACAGAUUUAAUAGACUACAUUUUUCUUUGUGUAGUAUCAAAUACAUGCCAACUAAACAGAGAUGACGUGUUUCUAUCCGAUAUCCAGACCCCAGGAAAGGGUCAAGCGUAACCAAGCUUUGACGACUAACAUUAGGACAACGGAUGAAACACUCUAUUUUGAGUCCUAACCUUAAUAAUACAACUUUUAAAAUAGUUUAGUAACUUUCGAACAUAUAUAACAUAUAUUUGUUAAAAUUUGACUUGCCGGUAUUUGCGAUCCUAUCUCCUAAGCUCCUUCUAGAUGUCUAAGUGAUAUUGUAGAGGGAAAAACUGGUCGAACUGGUGUGUUAGAAAAUUGUAAUUAAUCAUCGUAAAAGCAAGAGUAAAAAACAAACAAACAAAUUAGCCUCCUCCACAGGCAUUUCCUAUUGUAACGUUAACACUGAUGGUGAUGAGGAUCCCCUUUCUCUCCCCAUUCUCCAAUUCGUUCUCUAAAACGGGACAGUGAAGUCUGCGGAGGAGGUUAAAAUGGAACGAGCGGUAAACGCAGUAUUUAAAUAUAUUCGGCAUUAAUUUCAUAGGAUUCCGAAAGGAAAGACCUGGUUGAAGACAUGAAAGGAAACGUGGAGGCGAACGGACACGCGAAAAUAAGACGGCGAAUAAAGUUUGGUUUCUAUGGUAGGAGACCAGUGGAAAGAGAGCUUGUCCAAUACCGCCCUUAUUCAGAGAAAGAGAUCGAAGCUAUGGAGUCUGCAAUUGAUAAUUGGAGUCGCAUUGGGUUUCCUGUUUCUUUCAUUGUGUUCAACCUAUUAUAUUGGGUAAUGACCAUCCGUAAUAAGUUUUCGUGAGUUGCGCAGAUGAUGUGCCGGUUUCUUGUCGAUCGCCUUGGCGGAGUAUCGCGUUGUUGUGAAGACCUUCAGAAGCAGACAGACUGUCAAAAAAAAUGAAUAGAUUUAUCUAGGAAAGUAAUAAUUAUCUCAUGUGCUGACAAUAUGUGAAAGUGUUAUAUUCAAGACAUUUAAUGUCCUCGGAAUUCCUCGCUGUUGAAGGAAAUCAACGGAUGAAAAUUUUUUGACGAAUACCUUUAAAUAACACUACAUUACGAUCAAAAGGCAAACCCUCAGUGCUUAGCCUAGAUAAAUUCAACCUUGAUCUUAGGAAG